AAAAGAACAGUGCUAGCCCCGGGUCGGCGCGAAGAGCUUAAGUCUAGCGAUCUUCAAAUUCUUUCUAUACCCGCAAAUCCGUUUCUACCUACGUCAUUGCAGUAGCUCCGACGAAACGGCGUCAGACUUUCUCCGAUAACUUUCGGGAUCGUCGACGGGAUAUAAAACGGGGUAACCCAGUUCCAAGCUUGCGCGUUGCUUGAACCUACAAAAGUCGUUACUUUUAAGCCAUUUUCUGUACCGCUACGUACCCUGAUAUCAAUGGCACCACGCGUCUUCCUCGUCACCGGCUCUUCAACUGGCUUCGGUAAAGAAUACGUACAAGAGAUUCUGGCCAGAGGCGACUUUGUUGCCGCGACAGCACGCAAGUCAAGUGGGCUUAAAUUCGAGAAUGCGAAUGACAAGAACCUUCUUCUUGUUGAUCUCGACGUGACGUCUCUGGAUUCAAUCGACAAAGCGUUCGAAGCUACGUUAAAGAAAUUCGGCCGCAUCGAUGUCGUGUGCAACAAUGCAGGGUACGGGCUAUGCGGCGAAUUUGAGUCGCUCUCAGACAAGCAGAUCCGAACGCAGAUGGAGGUGAACUUCUUUGGACUUCUCGAUGUAACGAGGAAGGCCAUGCAAACGAUGCGUGAGCAAAAGCCACCAGGUGGUGUCAUUCAGCAGGUCACUUCGAUCGGUGGUCAGCGCGGCGUGCCUACCUUCUCCAUCUAUUGCGCAUCGAAAUGGGCUGUCGAAGGCUUCACCGAAGCCGUCUCCCAAGAAGUCAAACCUGAAUGGGGCAUCAAGUUCACUUUGAUCGAACCAGGAGGAUUUAGAACAGACUGGGCAGGAAGAAGCAUGGCUUUCGCCGAGAACAAGAAUCCAGCGUAUGAUCAUAUCGACGGAAAGGCAGCGAUGGCCAAGCGUCAUGGAACGCAAGCAGGUGAUCCAGUAAAGGCGGGUAAAGUCUUCUACGAGCUUGCAGUCAUGGAAGACCCGCCCUUACGUGUCGUUGUCGGCUCAGACGCAUACACUGCCUUGGGCAACAAGCUUGAGACGUAUCAGGCGAACUGGAAGCGAUUUGAGAAGUUAAGCAAUUCAACCGAUGUAGAUGGAUAUCAGAGGCCAACAUAGGCGUCCGCCGGCCGUUGCAGAUGAAUUCAAUAUUUCAAGAACCGCACA